UUCGGGUCCGGGCCGCACCCCGACCUUCACCUCUCACUUGGGCUGCACGGAGACUGCAGGAGAUGUUCCCCAACGGCUCGGAGAAAAACACCACCGGAGCCCAGGACUGGACUGAGGUGUACGAGGCAGUCAGGUGGAUCCAGCUGGCCAUGGCCCUGCUCAGUAUUCUGGGCUCGGGCUCCAUCAUCGCCUGCGUGACGCUGCGGAGACUCAGCCGGACGCCGGAGCUGCAGCCUCUGUUCCUGCUCAGUCUGUCCGACCUGCUGCUCGCCCUCUGCUGGUUGAUCGGAGGCGUUCUGUUCUCUAAACACUGCAACAGCCUCAACACACACUGUUACAACCUGCACACCGUGGAACAGGUUCUGUACAUGGCCUCCUUCUUCUACACACUCAACUACAUGUGGAACCUCUACAAGGGGAUCAGAGAGAAGUUCUACAGCUGCCUGGAUGGAUACCCUGUACAGUUUUCCAACAGAGUGAGCACAGCUGGAAAAACCACCGCUCUGCUCUCAGGUCUGAUUCCUCUGCUGCUGAUGACGCCCGUCUUCAUCCAAGGGAACGUCAGCCAAUGUCAGGCCAACUUCAGUGAACCCUACAGGUGUCUGCUACUGGACACCGGAGCUCUGUACCUGACCUCAGAGCACGAGCAGCCGAUCCCAACCUGCCGCCUGCUGCACACCUACGGCAUCGCCGUCUUCCUCGCCACCUUCAUCCUCACACUUCUCAGCAUCACGGUGUUCCUGGCGAAAGCCCGCCGCAUCUACAGGCGGGUCGUGACGUCCAACGGUUACCUAGGCAACCAGCAGCGGACCUCCUUCCGUGUGAUGGACCGACGGAUGCUCCUGUACCCACUGGUCUUCGUCCUCUGCUGGGGCCCAGCGGUGGGUCUGGCUUUUCUGCGGGUGGUGAGGCCCUCAGCGUGUCAGGGCAAGGCCGGGGUCGUCCUCUACAUAUCACAGGCUUUCACCUCGGCCUCUCAGGGCUUCCUCAACUGUCUGGUCUACGGAUGGACGCACGCACGUCUCCGCCAGGCCGGCAGGGCGGUUUUGUCUCGAGACGUGGACACUCAGACGCCUCUGCUGCGGUCGCAGAAGAAGAGAAGCUACCAAACGCUCCCCACCGUCAGCUGAACGACAGAAGUGACAAACUGAGGCCGAGCAGGUGUUUUUCUGUCGCCUGCAGCAAAGACAGGAGGGGAAGGUCUGAACUUUCACUUUCGCUGAGGGGGAAAGCACCGUGAGCGUUACUCUGCAGAGGACAAAGACUUCCACCGCUGAUCCUGAACCACUGGGGCGAGAAAAAGGGAAGAAGGAGGAGGAGGGGGAGUUUGCGGCUAGAGGAAGAACGACAAAGAAAACAGGAUUUGAAAGAGACGUUGCCGCUCACAGCUGGAUUGUUUUAUUGUUUGUAUCCAGGUCACACGACCCCUUGAGGUCAGUCUCAAUAUGAUGGAUGACGCUUUUUAUGAAUCUGGCAUCAUUUUAGCAGAUUUGACAUAAAAGAAAUCUGACCAAAAACUUGUCCACUGAUUUCACCUCCUCAGUCUGUCAACAGCAGCAGAGAAGCUCCAGAACGAAGGAAUGCGACUUUACGUCGUUUUAGCCCGAAAACAAACUGAAAACUGAAAAUUAAUGUCACGCGUUAGAAGUAGAAAUGAGACACGUGCACCAGAGAAUAGACCCAUCGAAUAAGUCACUGUGAGACGCAAAUCGGUUUGAUACCGAAGCCCAGUAACUCGCACGUUUGGG